AAAAAAGUUUUUCAACUUUUCUGUUACAGGUGAUAUGAGACAAGGACAUGUGGAAAUGAUUCCUUGAGGGUUUUACUGCGGAGAGAUUCUGUCGUUUUUGCAUGGAAACAAGAACUGAGGUUCAGCACACAGAAUAUUUUGGUUGCCGUGAAGUCCCAAAGUCCUGAGGAUUUUUAUCCAACUUUAUAUGAUGUCAUUACAAGAGAAAACUUUCCUAAGGGUUAUUCUGACAGAAGGGGACAUAAGGAAGGUCUCCCUGGACAAGAAACCUGUUUCAGUUGAAAACUUGGUGGUUGCUUUAAAAGAGAGUUUGGGAAUUCAUUACAGCUUUUCGCUUCAGUAUGAAGAUCAGUACUUUGGGAAUGCACUUUGCAACCUAACUGAUAUAUCGGAGCUUCAAGAUAGAGCUACACUGAAAAUCAUCCCUAUAAUUGAACUAGUAACAAUGGAUCAAGAAGAAGUACUGGAUGACUCUGCAAGCACAGCCGACACCGAAAUACUUUCUACCUCCUCACAGGAAAGGAAAACGCAAUGGCCAAAAGCGUUCGAAAUCCCUUCUUUCACAGUCGAUGUCGAAUACCGCCUGCGACAGGGUAACCUGGCCUAUCUCAAGGACACCACAUACCUCAAAAUGACCAAAGAACUUAAGCAUGACAUCCUGGAAAAACUGGCGGAAACUAUGUUUAGCUUCAAAGCCUAUCCAACAAAUGAUGACUAUGCACAGGUUGCUGCUGCUCUGGUAAAUAAGCACCCGUGUCUUCUGGAAAGUGGUUCAUCUACCAGCUGGGGGGGCUGGAAGAACAGUUUAAAAUUCAAAAUGGGUAAUUAUAGAUCCAGGAUGAGAAACUUGGGACACCCUGAUGUAACCAUUAAUGGAGGAAAGAGAGGCAUGAACAACCCUGAAGGAGUGCCAUCAAGAAAAAACAUAAAGAAGCCAAAAAAAUGUGAAAUCAACUUUCUGCCAAGCUUUCCAGAAGGACAAAAUGAUGACACCCUUGAAUUGGUUCCAAAAGAAAUUCAACAAGAAAUGAAGAUAAAAAAAACCCAAUUCAUCCCUUCUAGCACAAAAGAUGGACCUAACAUUUGCGCUUAGGCGAAAGGAGAUUGUCGAGUCCACACCUGCAAUCAGUGAUGUGCUUGAACGUUGGCCUGCCCUUUUCCGUGAGCCUCAGGUUUGCAUGGAGUUCAACAGAAUUACGGGCAAAAAUCUAAAGCAGGAAUUCUACGAAAACCUGGACAGACACAGCUCGCGGUUCAUGGACCUUUUUAAAAGCAAAAGAGGGAUUCCGGGCCAGCGCUUGUUAAACUUUUUACAGCAAAUAAAGUCAGCCCAGCCAACUGAUGUCCGAACCCUUGUUCUUCGAGGACUGCCUAUCAUGCUCGGAGAUGAUGACUCUUCUUUCUUCAAGUCAUGUUUAGUGUCUGAUAAUCGCAACACUAUCCUUGAUGUGCCAGUGGGGAUCCUUUUGGAAAACACUGAUCUUCAGCCCUCCAACUCCUUGCAUUUGACUUCUUCGAUUGGAAUCAUUCUUGAAGGCCAAGUGGUGAUGGACAAAAUGCAGGACCUCCCUCAGGCAAUCUGUCUUCUUUUUGGUCUGAUUUAUGCACUAGACCUGAAUUACCCAAAAUCAUUGGCCAACACCUUUGAUUUCAUCCAGCGUGUUCUAAUGUUAUUGGGACAGAAUGCCCUCAAGCCUAGAGUGCAGUCUCUGGCAAACCAGCUUUCUGCCUAAACGUCACGGUGAUACCUAAACAGAAAUCUUUUUUUUCUCCCCUUGAUUUACUUCAUUUUUUGAGGAAUAAAAGUGUUUAAAUGGUUAACUGCAGAGUUAUACAAUAGUUGUUCAAUAGUUCAUUUGGAAUAUUGUUACACCAUUGUAGUGUGGUUGUGAACCAGUAGUAUUUCCACUAUAGUAUACUGCAGUUUGUACUAUAAUACUGUGAAAUUUUGGUUAAUGACACUGUUGAGUAUUGUUUUAUAUUAGCUCGCUAUGUUUGCACAGAGUUGAUUGUAAUAGUUGUGUUUACAUUACCAUAGUUACUUUAUACUUGAGAGAAGUAUAUAUGUUCAGAGUUGUACAAUUAAUGUACUGAACAUGUAAUUUUUUUCAUAGCCACCUCCAAAGUGUGGCUAUAACCCAUUUGCAUUACAGUAUUGUUUAAUGUAUUUUCAUUAAUAGUGUGACAUUUUGUC